AUGAGCACAACUAUAGUAUCACGGCGUCUUCGCAUUGGAAUCGACGUUGGUGGGACUAACACAGACGGUGUCCUUAUUGAUCCCCUCUUGAGCUCAGCGCCUGAUCGUGGAAUCAUUGCAUGGCACAAAGAACCGACAACGGCGAACCCAAGUAUCGGUAUUAACAAUGCACUCACUACGAUGCUCAGCUCAAGCUCUGUCCGCCCUCACGAAGUCGCAAGCGUGACUAUAGGGACAACACAAUUUGUGAAUGCUGUCGUUGAGAGAGAUGCUGCGAGACUGUCACGGGUUGCUGUGAUUCGUCUCUGCGGACCCUUCUCGAAGCAUAACUUGCCAUGUGUCGACUGGCCUGAUGACAUGAGAGAGCUUAUCCUGGGUCACCAUGCCCUGGUACAUGGCGGACUGGAAGUUGAUGGCCGUUUGAUAUCCGAUAUUGAUCCAGACGAGAUCAAAACGCAGUGCUUGAUUAUUAAACAAAAAGGGAUUAAUAGUGUGGUUGUCGUCGGUAUUUUCAGUCCUAUUGAUACAGUGGAACGACAAGAAGAGCGAGCGGCAGAUAUAAUCAAAACUGAAAUACCCGGCUGUGAUGUUGUGUGCUCCAAGGAGGUUGCCAAUCUUGGCUUUCUCGAAAGAGAAAACGCAGCUAUUCUCAACGCCUCCAUUCUGCCUUUUGCCCGAACCACCAUUCGAUCUUUUCACGAACCGGUUAAGAGGCUAGGCCUGGAUUGUGCAGUGUUCAUCACUCAGAAUGAUGGCACUGUCCUGUCUGGCGAGCUUGCUGCUCGUUUACCGAUCCGAACUUUCUCAAGCGGCCCUACCAACAGUAUGAGAGGAGCUGCUUUCCUUGUGCAAGGCGACCUGGACGAAGCCAUGAUGGUUGUUGAUAUUGGGGGAACCACAUCUGAUGUCGGAAUUCUACUGGAGAACGGCUUUCCUCGUCAACAGGCAGCUUACAGCGAUCUUUCGGGAGUUAGGAUGAACUAUUCUUGUCCCGAUAUCAAGAGCAUCGGUCUCGGCGGAGGUUCUAUCGUACGAAUAGACAGUAGUGUCUCUGUUGGGCCAGAUAGCGUUGGAUAUAAACUCCCGGAGGAAGCAGUUGUAUUUAGAGGAAAUGUUCUUACAGCAACCGAUUGCACUGUCCUAACAAAUCCAGAGCUGAAGAUUGGCGACCCAGCCCUCAUGAAAGGCGCUCUUUCGGAGGAUCAGCUCACGAAGGUUAGCGUGACAAUCAAACAGAAGCUAGAAAAGGUUAUCGACACUAUGAAGACAUCACCCAAAGACAUACCAGUUAUUCUGGUGGGAGGUGGAGCUGUCAUUGCUCCCGAUGAGCUCAGGGGCGCGAGCAAGGUUAUUAAACCGCAGUGGUCACAGGUCGCCAAUGCUAUUGGCGCUGCGAUAGCAAGAGUGAGUGCGGUUGUGGAUACAGUUCAGUCGACGGUAUCCAAAUCGACGAAUGAGUGCCUUGAUGAGGUUAGUCGGGCUGCCGUUGAAAAGACGGUUGAGGCUGGAGCUCUAAGAUCGACUGUUAAAGUUGUUGAGAAGGAAGUUUUCCCGCUCCAGUAUAUUGAAAACAAAACUCGUUUUGUUGUUCGGGCGACUGGAGACUUCGAUUUCUCGAAAGAAGUAGUUGCCCCUGAAUCUCAGGCUGAGCACGGAGACCACCAAAACAUGGGACACGAUGAGAAGAAUACUAAGAACACAGGCCGGAAGCAUAAUAAACAACAAGAUGGGGAUUUUGAUAUCCUUUCAUACCGUCCCGAUGUGAGAAACCGAACUUGGUAUGUUUCUGAAAGGGAUGUAUCAUGGAUCGCAAUAGGUUGCUAUAUUCUUGGUACUGGAGGCGGCGGUAGCCCCUACGGUCUGAUGAUACGACUACGAACUCAGUUACGCAAUGGCGCGAUAAUCAGAGUCGUCAAUCCUGAAGAUCUUCCAGACGAUGCACGAGUUGGUUGUGGUGGUGGAGCAGGGAGUCCUACCGUGGCGAUCGAGAAGCUAGCUGGUGAUGAGCUACUCGAAGCUCAGCAAGAAUUGUACAAGAUGUGCAAUACUUCCGCUACUCACAUGAUAUCUGUUGAAGUCGGGGGCGCCAACGGACUGAGCGGGUUGUUGCUUGGGUCAAGUGAUCAGAUGGACAUCCCUACAGUUGACGGAGACUGGAUGGGGAGAGCAUAUCCCACAAAAUGGCAAACAACACCUGUCGUUUUCAAGGAAAGGGACACUAUCUGGUCACCCAUCGCCGUGAGCGACGGUAACGGCAACGUGCUCGUCAUGCCCAAAGCAUCCUCCGACGAAGCUGUGGAGCGUAUCAUCCGCUCUGCCUUGAGUGAGAUGGGCUCCCAAGUUGGCGCCGCAGAUGCACCUGUCACAGGAGAAGAGACAAAACGCUGGGCUGUCGAACAUACGCUGUCACAGUCCUGGAGAAUAGGUCGUGCCGUAGCUCGGGCGCGGAAAGAGAACCGCGUAGACAAUGUCGCCGAAACAAUCAUUGAAGAGUGUGGCGGCCCAGGAGCGGGCAAGGUUCUGUGGAAAGGCAAAAUUAUUGGCGUGGAAAGAACUUUGAGAAAUGGGCAUGUUUAUGGCGAGUGUCUCAUUGAAGGGGCUGAUGUUCGCGAUGAACAUAUGGCUUCAGGGGAUAUUUCUGAACAGUUCAAGGGGGUUGUCAAGAUUCCCUUCAAGAACGAGAAUAUAGCUGCCCUGAGAGUCCAUCCUGAUCGAAAGGAGGAGCUUCAGGAGGAUAUCCUAGCCAUUGCGCCUGAUUUGGUUUGUGUAAUUGAUGCACAGAACGGAGAGGCAGUUGGGACACCUGAAUAUCGCUAUGGGUUGCUUGUUGUAGUAUUGGGAAUAGCAGCAAGUGACAGGUGGACUGGAACUGAGAGAGGGAUAAAGAUUGGAGGUCCCGAGGCUUUUGGACUCGGCCAUCUCAAGUUUGAGCCUUUGGGGAAGUAUUUCAAACCGAGGAGUGUCAUUGAUGAGUUCGAUAAGUGA